CCUGCCGUCUGUGAACGCCUCCCUGUCACACUCCACCGCCGUGGCCCGUUACAUGGGAGGGAACCGGGAUGCUCUGACACCAAAACACCUCAAUAAAUCGCAACAAACCUCCCCAGUUUCGUCUUUUUGAUCGACGUCCGUCAUGGAGCUCGACCGACGGCUGCUGCUGGCCCACUGCGCCGCUCACGCGCUCUCUGUGGCGGCGGGCUUGUUGGUGGUCGUCCCCAUGGCUCUCAACGGCUCCGCUUUCAAAGGCCGCUGCGCACUCUUUUCCGCCGGAUACUGGACGACCCCGAACCGAGCCGAGCCGCCGGGGCCGCCGGGAGUCGCCUCGCAGCUGGUGGUGCAGCAGUGGGGUCCGCCGGCCGCCUGCCAGUUCGCCACGUUCGUGGGCAUUUUCACGGUGCUGUACGGCGCCGCGCAGGGAUGGAGGUGCCUGUUUUAUCUGCACGGACGCCACGACGACACCCUGUUCUCGUCUUUUCUGACCGUGCUGAUCAGUGUGUGUGUGCUCUUCCUGUCUGGAGGGGCCAGCGUUAUCUUUUCUCUGGGCCUGGUUUCCUGGUGUGACACCGUGACUGAUGACAACACACUGCCUUAUAGCUGUGCAGAGGCUCAGUCCGUCCCGCUUUACCUGGAUGUGGACACUUCCUCCUUCUACACAGAGCUCAGUCUGGCACAGGCGUCUCUGUGGUUUGUGACGGCCCUGUGGCUGCUCCAGUCCCUCCUGGCUUUCCUGCGGCUCUACCACUCCCACAACCAGCACAUCAGCGGACCUUGUCUGCUCCGGGAGAAGGAGCUGCUGCUGGAGAACAGUCCAUCAGACCGCGGAUCGCCCUCACCUCCGCUUCCUGCAGCUACGCCCACUAUCUGUGUCUGAUAGCUGAGAAGGUGUCACACUUUACCUCCUUGUUUAAUUUAAGCACAAAGCUUUUGUUUACUUCAUCAGGAUUGAUCUCUGUCCAUGUUUCAAUAUGAAAUUCAGAUUUUGAUACAGGCCUAAAAAACAACUGCCCCACCCAAGCACUAAUCCUGUCACAAUGACAAUAGAACUACAUGGGACCCACAGAAGUCCUAAAAACUCCUUUAACUAUCUGAAGGAAGACAUAUUCAUUCUGCUGCAUGAGUAAAAUUAAAAGUAGCUUGUGAAACCAUACAGAUUUCAGGAAAUGACCACAACAGUAAUUAAUCACGGUUAUUGAAAAUAACAAAAUAGAUUAACCUAAUUUAAAAAGACAAAUUGUGCUAAAGGCACAACACAAAGCAAUGCCUGUCUACUUGUAUAAUGACAAAUAUACAAGUUUAGUAUAGUACGAGAGUAUUAUAAUGCCAAUCUUACUGUCUUGCAUGAUAUGCCCUUUAUGCAUGGAAUGCAAUAGUAAUUGUUUGCGUUAGCUUUUUCUUGUGCAGCAAUAUACUGAAUAUGCUUCUAUCGGUGUUUCAAAUAGUCUUAAAGGAUUUUGUAAAUGUCUUCAAAUUAUCACUAGGUGUAAAAUUAACAUCAUUCUUUAUUCUACAGAUAUGAGUGAUGUAAUAACUAGCAUGUGAAGACACUGCUUAUCCAUGGGGCUCGCCCAGGACUUUAUGCAUUAAUGCAUUAGAGUUUACUGUAUUCACGUCACGUCUGGGUAAUAACAGCCACAUGAUGCUUUUCCUACAGGCUAUUUUGAAUAUAUUUAAUAUGCUUGUUUGUUUACAGCUCUGCUAGAGUUUGACAUUUUGCACAUGUCCUCAUCAGGGAGAAUAUGUCUGAGUAUAAUAUUCUGGUGUAGCAGUGGAUGCUUUUAUUGUGAAGCAUGUGGUGAGAGAAUGAGUGAUCCACGAGAAGCAGGCUCACUGUGUGAGCAUGACCUGAAUGUUCUGUUGUGUAAUGGAAAAAUCACUGUUGACAUUCCCGUCGCUUGUGACGAUUUUUAUUAUGAUGCUGUCUGUGUGGAUAACACUGCUCUCAGGGCCGCAAAGCAGUCACAUGGUGACGUCUUCUCCAAUAAUCCAUGUAGUGUUUGCAAAGUAUAUAGGCAUUUUUUAAGGAUUUGUGAAGGUUUUCAAUUUGAGAGAGAUUUGUGUGAAGCCCCUGGAGGUCAGUGAAGAGGAAAUGACAUACCAACUUUGCUGAGUUUUUAAAACAAAUGAUUCAGAGUUGUUUCAGAUCUUUUCCAGUGAUGUUAUUGACCAAAGCAGUUGUAAUGACACACAGACAGUGGAGUGAAAUCUGAGAAGAGAUGGAACAGUAGUGGUAAAGUUUAUUUUUACAUAGGAAACGUAAACUGACAAUAGUCUUGUUAAUACCUCUGUGCUGGUUUGUCUCAAUAACAAUUAUGUUUUUCCAUUUGUCUUGUUUGGUAAAUAAAAUUUUACCAUUACAAA